CGAUUUAAUUUUUAAUUUUUAACCGAAUCAAAAUAUUUAAUCCGAAAUUAACCAAUAAUAUGAAUGUAGACAUCUCCAUUUUAGACAUGCAAUUGGAGAGGGAAAAAAAAUAUAAAAUAAGUCUAAAGAGUAUCACUAUUCACUACUCCGGUGAAUUUCGUAGUUGAGCAAAAUCCAUUCCCCAAAAAUCUUCACCAAAACCAACAUCAGAGUCCUUUUUCUUAAAUCUUGAACAAAAUUGUUUGAAUUAAACACCAAAAAGCCCAUCAAUCCAGCAUGAAAUUAGCAGGAUUAAAAUCCUUAGAAGCAGCUCACGACGAUUCAAUCUGGGCAGCAACAUGGGUUCCAGCCAGUGAAUCUCGCCCAUUUUCUCUCCUCUUAACUGGCUCUCUUGACGAAACUGUUCGUUUAUGGAAGGCUGAUGACGACGUCGUACUGGAGCGCUCCAACACUGGUCAUAGUCUCGGUGUGGUUUCUGUUGCCGCUCAUCCUUCAGGGGUCAUUGCUGCGUCGGCUUCUCUUGAUAGUUUUGUUAGGGUUUUUGAUGUUGAUUCUAAUAACACUAUUGCUACCCUUGAGGCUCCUCCUUCUGAGUCUUGGCAAUUGCAGUUUCACCCCAUGGGAACUAUGCUAGCUGUUGCCGGUGGAAGCAGCACUUCAAUCAAGGUGUGGGACACUGCUACAUGGCAACUCGUUGCAACACUGCAAAUCCCCCGUCCUGAAAGUAGCAAACCAAAUGAUAAAGUUGCGACCAAAAAGUUUGUGCUUUCAGUUGCUUGGUCUUCUGAUGGGAGGCAGCUGGCUUGUGGCUCAAUGGAUGGAACAAUCUCUGUUUUUGACGUAGCACGCGCCAAGUUCCUCCAUCACCUAGAGGGUCACCUCAUGCCUGUUAGAACUCUCAUCUACUCUCCCAAUGACCCUAGAGUUCUCUUUUCAGCAUCUGAUGAUGGGCACAUACACAUAUAUGAUGCUGUAGGGAAGAGUUUGAUCGGGUCAAUGUCGGGUCACUCAAGCUGGGUUCUGAGCAUUGAUGCAAGCCCAGACGGUGUCGCUAUUGCAAGUGGAUCGAGUGAUAAGACAGUGAAGCUGUGGGACCUCAGUAUGCGAGCAGCUGUUCAGAGCAUGACUAACCACUCUGACAUGGUUUGGGGAGUAGCAUUUCGGCCACCUGGUGGGGCUGGUGUGCGGUCUGGUAGGUUAGCAAGUGUAUCAGAUGACAAAAGUAUUUCAUUGUAUGAUUAUUCUUAGCUUUGGUGGUUCUUAUACAACAUUGAGGAGUCAAGUUCAGUUUAAGGGUUCUCUUAAUGAAAACUGGGAGUGAGACUUGCUUGUUAGAAUUGGAUUUAAUUCAUUGCAUUGGUUUCUUGUUCUGUAAUCUGUUUGCAUAGUUUGAAUUGUGCGGAAUUUGUGCAGGUUUAGUAUGUAGCCUUGUGUCUCGACUCUCGAGGGUUAUGAAAUGUUGUUUCUGUCUCAAUUUAACUUUUUAUUUUACCCCAUCAACUUGGAUGGUUGAAUCUAUCAUUUGGAUUCUGGACAACUGAAGUUGCUAUCAAAUCUUGGGAAUUAGAGAAGUGUUUCAAAGAACAUGAUAAAGAGGGAAAAUUU